CAUGUGUGACUGUUUACAGCUGGGACUAUCUGUUUAUGUCAACCUGACUGGCAGUGGAGUGGCUGUUUUUCCUCACCUCUCUCGGAUUCUCUCUCCUCCGCGUAUCUGCUUGUAGGUUAUAGUCUUUCUUUACGCGAGACCCUCUUCGGCUGAGCUCUUAUCGUUUAUGAACCAAGUAUCUACGCGAAAUCCGUUCUGACAAAUCAUCUACAUAUUUGAGGUGGACUGUAAAAUAUACUCCUGUAUUGGGAGCGAGAGAGACCAGGCAAAGGAAGUGUAUCCAACAUACUCGUUUCCAAAUGGAUGGGAUGAAACCAGAAACGACGGCUGAGGAGAAUCAGGAUGAAAGGGAAGAAAACAAAGGCUGCUUUGAGUGUUGCAUCAAGUGUCUGGGUGGUGUCCCCUACGCCUCUUUGGUGGCCACCAUCUUGUGCUUUUCGGGUGUGGCUCUGUUCUGCGGCUGUGGGCAUGUGGCACUUACGGGCACUGUGACCAUGGUGGAAAACCACUUUUCUCGCAUCACCUCUGACCAUGCUAAUCUCACUGAUGUGGUUCAGAUUUUGCAGUACAUCAUCUAUGGAAUUGCCUGUUUCUUCUUCCUGUAUGGCAUCAUCCUGUUGGCUGAGGGCUUUUACACAACCAGUGCUGUCAAAGAGAUGCACAGCGAGUUCAAGACCACUGUGUGUGGACGCUGCAUCAGUGCCAUGUUUGUGUUCCUCACCCACAUUCUGGGCUUGGGAUGGCUGGGCAUUUUUGGCUUUUCUGCGGUGCCCGUUUUCCUGUUUUAUAACAUGUGGACCACAUGUGGAGCCUUGAAGUCCCCUAUUGCCAAUCUCACCUCUGUGGACAACAUCUGUGUCGAUGUGCGGCAGUAUGGAAUCAUCCCAUGGAACGCUACUCCUGGUAAAGCCUGUGGCUCCACGCUAAGCGACAUCUGCAAUACUAGUGAGUUCUAUCUGUCCUACCAUCUUUAUAUUGUUGCCUGUGCUGGAGCUGGAGCCACUGUGAUCGCACUGAUCCACUACCUGAUGAUCCUGGCAGCAAACUGGGCCUAUCUCAAGGGACUGUGUCAGCAGACUCAUGCCUACCAGGACAUCAAAACCAGAGAUGAUCAAGAGCUACAGGAUGUGCAGUCACGCUCCAAGGAGGGUCUAAACUCCUCCUACUCAUAAACAGUUCUCCCAAUUCUGAUCUACCCCACCUCUAUCUAACCUACUCUAGACCACACCAAAACAGACAUACACACACACACACACACACACCUGUCACCCUCAAAUGAAACACUACGCAAACUAACACUGCUAAGCACUGCGCUAUCCUGACUAUACAUCAUAAUAGUGGUAUAAGUUGGUUAUAAUCAUGAUGAAACAUGUCAGACAAGUUAUUGAACAUCUGUAACAAAUGAUGAGUGGAAUCAUGCAUUAAUGGUGAUAUGAUGUGUUUUACUCGUCUACUUCAUGGUACAAAUUACCACUGGUAUAAAAGUGUAUGUAUUCUAGUAUUGUACUGUCAUUUUGCAAGUAUUUUUGAAUUGGUAGAAAGUGUAUGUACAGUGUAGAGUCAUGGUUAUAACUAGGUUAUGUUUGGUUUUAUGAUGCAUUGUCUUGGGAAAGCGCUGCUUACAUAACAGACUGUCUGCACUAACUCCUCACAGACAUUUUGCAGGAACUUCCUUUUUUUGGUGUUUUAUACAUACUGUAUAUAAAUAUAUAUAUAAAUGUGUGAAAGUGAAUGAAUGUUGUUUUUUUGUUUUGGUUUGUUUUUCAUUAUGGGUGCCAGGUUGUGUGUUGAAAAUGUCUGUUUAUCUAGAACCUUUCUCUGGUCUCUAUGGCUAUCUUAGAUUUCUGAAUUCACCACUUUUCUCAAUUCUCUUUCUUAAUUUAUUUUUUUGGAGGGGGUGGGGGACAAUACCGGUUAUUGACAAAUUGCACUACUCUUGUAAUAGAAAGCAGGUAUAUUAACACACACACACACACACACACAUACACACACAUGCACAUACAGUGGAGGGACGUUUAAAAAAAUGUUUUCUCAAAGCUGCCAAGUAUCAUCAAGUACUCAACCUUCAAAAUUAUAUUCUGAAAACAGUAUCUGACCAAUAUAAUUCUGACUGGCAGAAUAAUUUAGAUGUUUGUUUAAUUAAUGAAAAAAAAUAAUAAUACUAAAUUAUUUACUAAUAAUAAUGUCUAACAGAAACUACCCUCACAGCUAUACAGAUUAUAUGCUUUCCUUCAGUUUUGUUGAUUAAUCUAGGUAUUUUUCAGUCUUUAAGAAUUUGUUCUUAUGGCAAGAUGUUUACCAUGAGUUUAAGGAGAUGAUUGUGACUUAUUGCUAUGUGGACGUGAAACUCUGAAAAUGGUUUGAAUUUACAGUCAAAUAAUGCAGCCUUGUUUUUGCAGUGUAUCUUUUUCCUAACUGGUCUCUCUCUCUCUCUAUUACUACUUUUACAAUAUGACUUUUUAAUAAUCUGUCUUUUAACUAAAAUUAUUAUUUUCUGUAAUGUCUCUGUAAAUAUAAGCAUGUUAGUAUUGUCCACAUAUACAAUUGUUUAAUAGCAGUUAUAUGCCACUUCUUGCUGUAUGCUCAAUUCUGUUAAAGGGAGCUUACAGGGAUGUGUAAGAUGUUGAUCUAUUACCCCGUUUUUGAAAAAGAAGAUGUGUGCCUGGAUGUUCUAUUGUUCCCUGAUUAUUGCAUGAAGGAGAGAUAUUUCAUUUUGUUUUGAAGUACUGUAAGUGAUGUGUAGUCCAUUGUUCUAAUGAACUACAAUUGACCCACCUCUCCCCCGAAAAAACAAACCACUGUUUGUUAGAGGAAAUUGUACUCUUAGAUGUUUCAUAGUCGAUUUUAAGUCAGAUGUUUUAUGAAUCCUGUAUAGUGAUUUUUGUAACCUUCUCUAGUAAAAUAUUUUCUAUGAUCUAUAUGA